UGAUGAGGUGCGUAAAGAGGCGCCAACGCACCACACCGGGCUUGGGAGGUAGCUAAUGAGCAGACCAGACAGCCAGCCCCUGUCCAAGAAAUCCGCUCAGAGCCGGAGACACCAUGAAAACAAACUGCAGAUUGCGGAGUAACGAUUCACCGGCAGACGACUGAGUGAAGCGGCAGGAUGGCGGGGGGUCGGAGGGGACUUGUGGCCCCUCAGAAUACUUUUUUGGAGAAUAUUGUCAGACGGUCGAACGAUACCAACUUUGUCCUGGGAAAUGCUCAGAUAGUGGACUGGCCCAUCGUCUACAGCAAUGAUGGUUUCUGCAAGCUGUCGGGGUAUCACAGAGCAGAGGUGAUGCAGAAAAGCAGCACCUGCAGCUUCAUGUACGGGGAGCUCACAGACAAGGACACGACGGAAAAAAUGCGACUAACAUUUGAGAAUUAUGAGAUGAACUCGUUUGAAAUACUGAUGUACAAGAAGAACAGGACGCCUGUUUGGUUUUUUGUGAAGAUUGCUCCCAUUCGUAAUGAACAAGAAAAAGUGGUCCUGUUUCUCUGCACAUUCAGUGACAUCACAGCCUUUAAACAGCCUAUUGAAGACGAUUCUUCCAAAGGCUGGGGAAAGUUCGCCCGGCUGACUCGUGCUCUAACAAGCAGCAGAGGAGUCUUACAACAGCUGCAGCCCACAGUUCACAAAGGAGAGAACGUCCACAAGCACUCCCGCCUCGCUGAGGUUCUGCAGCUCGGCUCAGAUAUCCUACCUCAGUACAAGCAGGAGACUCCCAAAACUCCUCCUCACAUCAUCCUGCACUACUGCCUCUUCAAGACCACAUGGGACUGGGUUAUCCUCAUCCUCACCUUCUACACCGCCAUCAUGGUGCCCUACAAUGUCUCCUUCAAGAUGAAGCAGAACAACGUCACGUGGCUGGUGGUAGACAGCAUUGUGGAUGUCAUCUUUUUGGUGGACAUAGUUUUAAACUUCCACACCACAUUUGUUGGACCUGCCGGCGAGGUCAUCUCAGACCCCAAGCUGAUUCGAAUGAAUUACCUGAAGACUUGGUUUGUUAUUGACCUGCUGUCCUGCCUGCCAUAUGAUGUCAUCAACGCCUUCGAGAAUGUAGAUGAGAAUUGGAACCACCGAGCUGUCACUCAAGGCAUCAGCAGUCUAUUCAGCUCACUUAAGGUGGUUCGGCUUCUCCGGCUGGGUCGGGUAGCUCGUAAACUGGAUCACUACAUUGAGUACGGAGCAGCAGUCCUGGUGCUGCUGGUGUGUGUUUUUGGACUGGCUGCUCACUGGCUGGCCUGUAUUUGGUACAGCAUUGGUUAUUAUGAGAUUAUUGAUGAGGAAACCAACAUCAUUCGGAAGGACAGCUGGCUCUACAUCCUGGCUGAGACAGUGGGCUCACCAUACUACUACAACGACAGCUCAGGGAACUGGGACGGAGGGCCUAAUAAUGACUCUGUCUACAUCACUUCUUUGUACUUCACCAUGACUAGCCUGACAAGUAUAGGCUUUGGUAACAUCGCCCCAACGACAGACGGAGAGAAAAUCUUUGCCGUGGCCAUGAUGAUGAUUGGAUCCCUUCUUUAUGCCACCAUUUUUGGUAACGUGACAACGAUUUUUCAGCAGAUGUACGCCAACACAAAUCGUUAUCAUGAGAUGCUCAACAGUGUCCGGGACUUCCUGAAGCUCUACCAGGUCCCAAAGGGCUUAAGUGAAAGAGUGAUGGACUACAUCGCCUCCACCUGGUCCAUGUCACGGGGCAUAGACACUGAAAAGGUGUUACAGAUUUGUCCGAAGGACAUGAGAGCAGAUAUUUGUGUUCAUCUCAAUCGCAAAGUUUUUAAAGAGCACCCGGCUUUCCGACUGGCCAGUGAUGGGUGUCUCCGAGCACUGGCCAUGGAGUUUCAGACUAUCCACUGCGCCCCUGGCGACCUGAUCUAUCACGCUGGUGAAAGUGUGGACAGCCUCUGUUUUGUGGUGUCAGGGUCACUGGAGGUCAUUCAGGAUGAUGAGGUAGUUGCCAUUUUAGGAAAGGGAGACGUAUUUGGGGACGUUUUCUGGAAGGAGGUGACUCUGGCUCAGUCCUGCGCCAAUGUGCGAGCUCUGACCUACUGCGACCUCCACGUUAUUAAACGCGACGCUCUGCAGAAGGUGCUGGAAUUCUACACGGCAUUUUCCAACCACUUCUCUCGAAACCUGCUGCUCACUUAUAACCUGCGUAAGAGGAUCGUUUUUCGAAAGAUCAGUGAUGUGAAACGGGAAGAGGAGGAGAGACGGAACCGUAAAAAUGAAGCCCCUCUGAAUUUGCCACCAGAUCACCCAGUACGAAAACUUUUCCAGCGCUUUCGACAGCAGAAGGAGGCCCGCAUGGCGACUGGGAAACCAGAAACAGAUGAACAAGACAUUGAGAAGGGUCCUCUCUAUGUGGACAUCCCCAAAAAUAAAUCGGCUAUUACAACUACCAGCAUUGUCACCGUAACAGAAAGCCCAGCUACACCUUCAUCUUCAACUCCUCAAUCACCAUCACCUCUCAACUGUACGGUUGCAGACAAGGCGAAACUGCAGGUGCCAUCGUCCAUUUCUUUGGUUGGUGGCCGCUCUGCCGAACCACCCAAACUGAAAGGCUGGGGUCGCUUUAAGGAGUCGAUGGCCAAAGCUGACAACUGGAACACAGUGUCUAAAGCUGAAUCCAUGGAGACUUUACCUGAACGAACCAAGGUGCAAGAAUCCCCAAUCUCUCUAAAGAAGACGGACUCAUGUGACAGCGGCAUUACCAAAAGUGAGUUGCGCCUGGACAAAGUGGGUGACUUCCGCUUGACGCCUCAGGACCGCAGUCCUGCCCAGCCUCCAGAAAUGAGGCAUUUCUUCUACCCCAUCCCAGAGCAAACGCUUCAGGCUUCACUGCAGGAGCUCAAGCUAGAGCUAAAGGAUGACCUUAAAGACCUAAAUGUUCGAAUGUCAGGCCUAGAGACGCAACUCACAGAAGUGCUAAAACUCCUCAAAGCCAGCCAUUCAAGCUCUGGCUCUCCACAGCAUCUUUUUGACAUUUCUAGACCUGCUUCACCAGAACUGGACAAAGAGGAUAUCUUCUCUUGAAGAAUGAAAGAGUCAUCCGGCAACAGUUGACCUUAAAUUCAGCUGGAAUCCAGUAAUAUGCAGAUUACUCGGAUGGCUGAGACCGCACUGGGUAUACCAUUUAGAUUAGGCAGCAGUGUGGUAAGAUGCACCAGCCUUCAUCAGGGUGUACCUACCUGGUAGCAAGGUAACGUCGUGUUGACAAGUUGAGGUCGUAACCUAGAUUUUCGUGUCUUGGAAUCGAAUAUCUGAAGGUUACACAAAAACUGACAGCUCUAUGUUUGUACAUAAGUUUGAUUUAUCUUUCUGCUGCACUAUGAUGGAAAAAUACUUUGAGGGGUGGCAUUUUAUGAAAAGUCUGUUCAGAUUUUGGGGGAGGUAGGAGAAGGAGGUAUCUCCAUUGGAAGGUUCCAAUGGAAGCAGCAUGAACCACUGGUUUGUUAGCAUUCGUAAGAGAUUCUUUGCAUGUCACAUAAAGUAGACGUCUGCCUCAAAUAGCAGUUGGCGCAUAUUUGAUUAAUUGAGGCUGCACGCCGAUCCAUUUGCAUUAUUUCACAUUGACAGUGAAAGAGGACAGUUUUUGCUGAAUCAAUCUUAGAGUAAUUUCCUCAAACAGUUAUGUUAUUAAUAUCAGCUGCCAGAAUCAUUAUGAAUUAAACAACAGGUAACUCUGCCUGACCAAUCUGAUUUUCAAAAACAUGUUUGAGCAGAGAUCAUAAUUUCCAUAAACCACAAAUAGAUGUGCUUAAUGGAAAAUUAAAUGAAAUGCUAACUAUUGAGGCAGCAGUUGGCAAGUUAUCCCUCUUUCCUGAUAUCUAGGUUUACUAUGCUACAGCUUUGGUGAUGCAUACAGUAAUUUUAUAGGUACUGACUGUGGCCAAAACCCUUAUGAAUAUAGAAAGUAAUGGCGAUUUGCACAAUAUUUGUAAACUAAAAUUUAUGUACAAUAAAACAGGGUGUCAGAAAGAGGACUGAGAUCAUCAGAUCAUUUUUGACUUUAAUGGUCCCUUAAGUAAAUUUUUACAUUUUAAUCCUGUUAACGUGCAUGAUUUAACAUUUCUGUUUGUCCUCAUUUUUACUUGAGAAAGCAAACAAACAAAAGCUAAUAUGAGUUGACUACUAUUAGGAGGUCUUUUCAAGCACAUGUUCAGGGUGAGUGUUUGAAAUGCAGAUGAUCUUGAACUGCUUUAAAUGUGUUAACUUGCUUCUGGCUUUGAACAACUGAAGAGUUUCCUACAGAGUGGGAAAAAUCUUUAACCCCUCAACCCCUUUUUAAUAUGAUGCAGUCAAUACAAAAACAUCUGAAAAAAUGUGUUGCACACAUUCAAAUGUUUUUUAAAAUUAGACCCUUUGUGCAGUAAUGCCUGAAUUAUGCUUCAGCGGUAAAUCUACGGCAUAACUUACAACGUUACCCGAAACCCCUUUUUUAGCCGUAGGCCUUCCACGUAAGCUGAUGUGCCCCGAGAAAUAUAACUACAGGUCGGGUCGACACAGCCCACAGCGACUGAAUGUCAGUGUAGGAUUAAAAGGGUUACAUUGUCAGUUAUGCCGUAGAUUUCCCGCAGAAGUCCAAAUCACGCAUAGCUGUUGUAGGAGUGUUUCAUGUAGAUGGUUUAUGUUUAUGUUAAUAUAUAUUAUUUGAUUGUUACAAUAUCCACUUUCACUUCAUCAGGUACACCUUGCUAGAACUGGCUUAUUUCUUCAUGACAUACAUGUAGAUUCAAUAAGGUGCUGAAACAUUGCUCAGAAAUUUUGGUCCAUAUUGAUGUGAUAGCAUCAUGCAGUUGCUGCAAAUGUGUUGGCUGUACAUUCAUGAAGCAAAUCUUCAGCUGCACCACAUCCCAAAGGUGCUCUAUUGGAUUAAGAUCUGGUCACUUCAGAGGGCAUUUGAUUACAACAAACUUAUUCCCAUUUUUAAGAAACCAGUCUGAGAUGAUAUCAUUUUGUGACAUGGGACUUUCUUCUGCUAGAAGCAGGCAUCAGACUAGGUGACAUUUUUCCAAUCUUACAACUGUCCAAUUUUGAUGAACCUGUGUGAAUUGUAGCCCCAGUUUCUCGUGGCACCUGGUAUGGUAUUCUGCUGCUACAUUCGGUGAUGCUCUUCUGCAUAUCUUGGUUGUAACUAGUAGUUACUUGAGUUUCUGUUGCCUGCCUUCUCUGACUUCUGAAAUCAAUAAGAUAUUUUCACCCAGAGAACCCAAACCCAGUUUUCAUUUUUUUCAUUUUUCAGACCCUUCUCUGUAAACCCUAGAGGUGGUUGCGUGGGAAAAUUCCAGUAGGUCAGCAGUUUCUGAAACACCCAGAACAGCCUGUCUAGCAUCAAAAACCAUGCCACUUUCAAAGCCACUUAAAUCAUCUCUCUUCACCGGAUAUCUGCAUGACUAGAUGCAUUGUUCUGCUGCCAUGUGAUUUGCUGAUUAGAUAUUUGUGUUAAGCAGUCAAACAGGUAUACCUAAUGAAGUGGCUGGUAACAAUAUAGAAGAUUUAAUAUGAUUAUUUUUUUAUUUUUUAAAUGAAACAUCUUUAUUUUAUUUCACUGUGAACAUGCUAUUAUUUCUUUUUAAUAUCAAAAGACUUGUUUUUCCCCAAUUCCACAUAAUCUUCAGUAGUUGUAGCGUCUAACUGGCCAAGAGGAGCUGCAUUUGUAUCAUACAGACAUUUGGUUUAUACUAAUGAGCACCUUGCUUUACGUAACACGAUGACAACUGUAGACUCUGAGGGUAGAAACUGAAUGUUGACAUAGAAUGCUGUAUUUUUAUCAAGUCCCAAAAUGUAUUUAUUUCUUUGUUUUUUGUAUUGAACACCAGCAUCAGGCAGAUUCCUCCAAUCAGUAUAAAUAAAAUAUACAAUGACAGGAACAAUCUCUACAAUUUCAUUUUUCUCUUUAACGCUUGUUAAAUAAGGAUUAACUCAGAUGUUACAAUUUACAAUAAUUCCUGCAUGAUAAAUACUAAAAGUUUACAUAUAUGCCAACUAUUAACAUCAAAUUUGUCCUUCGACUUUAAAUUUUAUUGACCAAAACAAAUUGAUGCACUAUCACGUAUCCGAAAGCAAGAAAACAAAAAUACAAUAGACAAUCAAUGUGAUCAAUGUGGACAGGCUGAGUGAG